AUGUCUCAAUGGAAACCUGUCAAUGUUGAUCCUAAUCAUGCUGAUGAUUUCGAUUUAGAACCAGAUUUUAUCGAACCAGAUGAUGCCACAACACCCAUAAAUAAAAAUAAAUCUCAAUAUUCAUCUGCUCAACAACAACAACAAAAUCAAUAUCAAUUAAAUCAAGGUCAAGGUCAAUCUUCAAAUUCCUUCUUCAAUUUUUCUUCAUUCACAACUCCAAAUAUUGAUUUAUCAAAUUCUCUUAAUCCAAUUCUUAAUAAUGAGAAUGUUAAAGAACGUAAAUUUUCAGGUGGUGAUACUUUAGAUGAACCAGUUUGGGAUACUUUAAAAAGAGAUUUAGUUGCAAUUGGUCAUAGAUUAUUUAGUGUGGUUUGGCCUGCUUCUUUAUCAAAAUUAGCUAAAGUUCAACAACAUAAUUUAUUAAUUGCUGCAAGAAAUUCAGGUAUAAAUAUUGGAAUUAAUUAUGAUCAAAUUGAACAAGAUUUAGAACAAGAUUUACAAAAUCAACCAAUUGAUGAUUCAAAUUUAAAAAAAUUAGAUUGGGAUUUAUGGGGGCCAUUAAUUUUCAUUUUAAUUUUUUCUUUAAUUUUGGGUUAUUUAUCACCAAAGACAAAUACUUCACAAGUUUUUUCAAGUGUUUUCGCUUUAACUUGGUUAACUUUUGCUGUAAUUGCUAUAAAUAUUCAAUUAUUAGGUGGUACAAUUUCAUUUUUCAGUGCUUUAUCAACUCAAGGUUAUGCUUUAUUCCCAUUAGUUAUUUCUUCAAUAAUUUCAAUUUUUAUAAAAUGGAGUUUUAUUAGAUUUAUAAUCUAUUUAUUAUUUGUUUCUUGGGCGAUUUAUGCAGCUACAAUUAAUUUAAAAGUUAGUGGUGUAUUACCUGGAAGAAUAUUUUUAGCUAUAUAUCCUGUUGGUUUAGUUUAUGCAACUUUAGGUUGGUUAUGUGUAAUCACUUGA